AGAUGGCGUCAGAUGUAUUUACCAAACACUCAUGCACUUAUUGUCAAGAUGAAAUUAAAUCACUGCGCAUAAAGUGCACUGAGUGUCCAUCAUUUGAGCUCUGCUUGCAGUGCUUUUCUGCGGGAUGUGAAAUAGGUUGUCACAAAAAAGAUCACUCCUACGAAAUUGUUGAUUCAGUAGGUUGUGAUAUUUUUGGUGACCGAUCAGGAUGGACAGCCCGUGAAGAACUAUUAUUAUUGAAUGCCAUUGAACAUUAUAGUUACGGCAAUUGGAAAGAUAUUAGCCAACACAUUGGAACUAGAACUCCAGAGGAAGCACGAGAUGAAUACAUCGGACGUUUUCUUGGAGGUGAGAUUGGCCGAUACACAUGGGUCCCAGGACUCAGGAGCAAAUGUAAGCUGACAGACUUGACAACGGGGCUGGAUGACGACCCUCAGGCAGUUCAGGCUCUGCCCCCCACCAAGCAGCCUGUGGUAGACGUGCGGCUAGAGGAUGCUCAACAACUUGAUUACAUGCCUCUCAGAGAUGAGUUUGAAGUGGAAUACGAUAACGAAGCAGAAAUUUUAGUUUCUCAUCUGACCCAUAAUGCAGACGAUGACGAACUGGAUACGGCUCUGAAGCUGACCCAGGUGGAGAUGUACACCCACAGACUAAGAGAGAGGGCUCGCAGACAUAGGGUUGUGAGGGACAACCAACUCAUAGCUCAGUUCUUCAGUAACAAGGACAAGCCUAAGAAGAAGAUCUCACGAGAAGAGAAAGAGUUGGGAGAGAAGCUACGACCGCUGUGUAAGGAGCAAGAGCAGUUUAUCAUGGUAGGAGUGUUGAAGCAGCGAAGGCUGUCUCGUAGAUUAUUGGAGCUCAUGAGGUAUCGACGCAACGGACUGGUCAGGCUGGAGGAGAUCCUUCACUUUGAUCAGGAGAGACAACUUAAGCACAACACCAAACCCGGAAAUGCUGCUUCCAGCAUUCAACAGUUUUCUGGUGGAUCGAAAAAAAAGGAGAAGAGCGAUUGUCUGAGAGAAACUGAUACUGAGGCAACUGUAGAACGGUUGUCUGGGGGACAUCUGCUCUCUCCAGCUGAGACCCAGUUGUGUGCAGCAUUGGACCUGUCGCCAACUCAAUACAUAUCAAUGAAGGCUCUCAUGCUGGCUGAUCCCCUGCUGAAUGUAGAAGGUGAUGGCAGUCAACACAUCCUAGACCACCUGGUCAGUAGCGGCUGGGUGUCGAGUGUCACCAGUUCCUCGUAACAUCACCUUGGUGUCUACAACUGUGAUAAUACUGCUCAGUGCUCAGUGCAGAUGGACCAGUUAUGUUUGAAAUAUUUGAUUUUGCUAAGAAGUUGUAACUUGUAUCCUUAUUAAUAUAAGUGAAACCCAGGCUAAUACGGAUUGUUUUUUUUGUUUUUUUGUAGUUUUAUAAAGUAAAACGUUUUAUAAGUUAUAUUUACUUCUAUUUUUAUUCUUUGAAAUAGUAUCAAAUGCCAGUGAGCAAGAUUUUAUCAAGUUGUUCCUAGAUUAACCAUUAAACUAGGAACCUCCUAAUGCUCUUGUAUAUUGCUCUUUGAUUAUCUGACUUUAUCAGAGUUCUGGCCAUUAGGAUGGUUUAUAAAUCAACACAUUAUAUGAUAGGUGUGAUUUUAACCAGAAAAAGAUCUUAUAACAAUUAUCAAUGACAGUAACAAAAUAUAUAUUAAUUUAGCUUUUAUACGAAAACUACUUUUUUAGACUUAAAUGUACAAACUAGUCCAUAAACAUUUUUCCUCUCAAUAGUGAAUUAAAACAAGUACAGUCCAACCUCGGUAUAACGAAUCUGAAGGGACCGAACUGAAUAUUCGUUAUAUCAAGGAUUUCGUUAAAACGAGGUUCGUUAUAUUGAGGUUAGGUUUGCAGGAAUUUCGCUAAGUCGAGGUUCAGAACCAGCAUCAGUCAAUAUAGGUCGUGAUUUGAUCUCAUUAAAACACAAUUAAAGUAGCAUAGGCUACAAUACUUUACAGUACAGUAUUUACAUUUUAAAAUAAAACCUCGAUUAUCUGGGGUACUAAAGGGUAGGAAUCUUUAAUAUUGCGCAAUCAUGACAUUUCUAUUCAUUGACCUUGGUACAUGUUAUAAACUGUAAGUUUAAAAUCACAGUGCUACAGUACUGCUUUAAAUCACAACAGAGGAAUGUCAAUUCUGUAAUAAUCAUCAACUAUGGAAUUGGUGUUGCCUUAGUUUAAACAAAUCGUAUUGAAAAUAAUGAAACUUAUUAGAUAAGUCGUUAUAAAAGUGUAUAAUCAUAGCCAACUUAAUCAUAAUAAAAACACUCGUAAAAGGAAUGUUAAGAUAACGAUGUUUCUAUUCUUUUUCUUGCUUUGUUCUUCUAUUUUUUUUCUUUCUUAGGUUUUUCUUCAUCCAAAAAUUGUACAAUUCACCAUAUUUACUUAUCACCCAAUCACAGUUUACUACACAUUACGUCGUCAUCAGUCCUCAGUGAAUGAAAUCAGUUCUCAGUUGUAACAUAGCGCGCAUGCAGCGACGACAGCAGACGGCAGACAGCGAUGUGUUAAAAUGAAGCAGACGAAUGUUAGCGCGAGCGAUGACGUCACCUUUCCAUUUCAUUUGAUGAAGAAACUGAUUUUUCAAAAACAAUAAUGGGGGUGGGGGGUUUGUUGUAUCGAGGGAGAGACGCAGACAAUUCGUUAAGUAGAGGUUAAAUUUGCUAUGUAGAGGUUCUGACAAUGACAAAUUCGUUAUAUUGAGGUGUCUUAUUUUAGCCGGGAUCAUGAAAAAUUCGUUAAAUCAAGGUCGUUGAUAUGGUUUGUUCGUUAUGUAGAGGUAAAACAUACAUUGUGUCUUAUGGAGAGUUCUAGGGGAUUCAAAAAAAUUCGUUAUAUCAAGGAAUUCGUUAUAUCGAGGUUCGUUAUAUCAAGGUUAGACUGUACUGUACUGACCCCUCUCUUGCACCAACCAAAUAAUCAGAUUUCAAUUUAGGAAACAUUUUAUAAAGACACAAAUCUAGCCAGGAUCUUUAUUGCUACUAUACCCUGUUUGCUCAGGGAAUGCGGUUUGAGCUCGGCCUUAUCUGUGUGGUAUCCGACUUACGCACACACACUCUCAAUGGUCCAUCCCACCCCAUGUGUGUGUGUGUGUUGAGUAGGGCUUUCCCUGAGCCAACAGGGUGUAAUAGUCCAGAUGAUGCUGACACUGGAGCCUUGGCUGACAUUCAAGCUGUAAACUUUACUCAUAUAUUUGGCACUCUCAAAAGUUGUGAUUCAUUGACAUUACCUACAUUACCUGACGGAAUUCAACAUCCUUACACAUCAUUUCCACUUCAUUGCUGCUAAUCAAAUACAAGUUAACAAAUUAUUGACUCUGUUAUUAAAGCUUGUAGGUUAACAAUCCCUUUUUGAAACUGUAUGACAGGUAAUGUAAAAAAUCCAUAUAGGCCUAAUUCUUGUUUUCAUUAGUAUUAUAGUAUUUUAAAAUACCUAUUACUUUGGAUAACACCAUUACAUCUCUUCAUUUAAAUCCUUUUUCAUACUUUUUGAUCUAAUUGGUCAAAGCAAAGACAAAUAUAGGAGGAAAUUCCAACGACAAUGUUUAUAGGGUUUAGGACUACCUUAGUUUCAAGUGAUUGUCUAUGGUCCCAAUGCUAGGAGAGAACAGACAAAAAUUAUAUGAUAAGAUUCUAUAUGAAAAUGUGUGAAUGAUUCCAAGAAAAUGCCACCUUAUUACUCAACUUAAUAGCUUGUAAGAUUAACAACUAUCUUAUGAAGAGUAGUUUUAUGUUGAAACACCAUCUAUAUGAUCUGAAUUAGAAAUUUUUGUUUUAAGAUAAAUGUGAAAAUAUAGUUAAAUUUUGACAACUCACCAGCGAGCCUUACUAUUUAUACAUAAACAAUGUCACGUAGUUAAAAUCAAACAACACACUAUUUUUAUAGAUUUGUUAUUGUAUAUUUAAAGUUUUAGUAACACAACUUAGGAUUGAUUUAAUACAUCUUAUAAUUUAGGAACAUUUACAAAGUUAACUUGUUUGGCUUGGUUAAAGAUUAUAUACAGUAGGACCUCGAUAUCUUGAAUCUCAAGGAGGUAUGAUACAAAUUCAAGUUUUUCAACAAAGCGAGGCUCAAAUUAUGAAGAUAAUUUACCGAAAAUUUGAGAUACUGAGGUGUUGGAUUCUGAUAUUGAUGUUACACCAUGACCUUUAUAACUAGAUUUUUACACGCAAAACGUUUAUAAAUCGAGCUCAAGCUAUUUAUAUGUACUGAAAGUUAUGGGGAAGCAAAACAAAACAAUUUAUCAUCCAUUCAAAUGACAUAUUGAAUGGCCUUCUCUUGCAAAAUCAGGACUGAUAGAGGGAUGUUUUUAUCUCGACACUGUUUUAACCAUGUUUAAACACAUUUGUCCAUGUCUUUAAACUCACCGUUGUUACAUAUUUUCUUAUUGAUUAAUCCACCUUCCGCCUAAUACUUUGCACGGUAUAUCAAAAUUGUCGAUAAAGUUUUAGGCGGAAUUUCAAAUUCCCUGGCGAUUUCACCUUUUUUCUUAAGCCUGGGAAAAUUCAAGUUAUAGAGGUUGAGUAUUUAUUACAGAUUAAAAACCGUUAAAAUUCUACGUAUUGGGGUUAAAUAUUCAAAACAUUAGACUUAUAGAAGUACUUUUAAACUUGUGAUUUAUGGGGAUUUAAAGGGGAUUAUAAAUCAUUUGAGAUAUCAAGGUUUGAAUUAUGUACCGGUAUUGAGGUCCCACUGUAGCAGUUUAAUAGAAGUACUGUCAUUUGAAUUAAGCUUCUUGAUGAUAUUUUGCAUACAAUUAGGCUUAAUCUUGUUUUACAACUACCAUGUCUUGUUUGACUUAAUGGUCCUUGAUUUACAAGACUGUCUGUUUAACAACAUUGUACAUAUUAGUUUAUCACUCUAGUACCUGCUGCUUGUACCCAUCAACCAGUUAUCUAUUUUUGUGUCAGGAAGGAAGUGUGGGCAGCUUCCUUUGAUAACAAGUCAGGUCUUGAUAUUACAACAUGACGACCUCAUUCAUUCAAGUAUUGGUUUUUAAUACUUUUUGGUUGUACGCGAUUGAAUGAAAAAUAAUAAAUUAUGUCAUGUACCAUCUUUUGAUUUUUACAGUACUUACAACUUACAGAAUUCUCAUUAUCUACUAUGUAAUAUUUAUGUAGUGAAAGAGUUUGUUUAUUUGCCAAAGAGACAAUUUUUAUGUACACUUUUUCCCUAUUAUCUUAGACUUAAGUUAUUUCUAUGUUUGUACUAAUUAAUAGAUGUUUAUUGUAUGUUUCAAACAUUUUUUAUUAAAGGUUUUUGUUUCA